AUGGAGAAACCAAACUCAGAUGACUUCACCUCCAAGAGACACAACAGUUUCCACUGGACACGAAAAGUCGGAUCAGACGAAAACGACGACGUUUCUCGUCCCGACAACAACACUAAACCACUUCCCAAACACAAUCCUUCCUCCUCUUCCAAAAGAAAACUCCAAACUUUCGCCGUCUCUCGUCUCCGUUCAGUCAUCUCCUCACUCAGCAGAGCCCGACCCGGUAACAACAACAACAACAACAACUCCGGACUCGGAUCCCGGGUCGUGGGUACCCUCUUCGGAUCCCGUCGCGGACACGUGCAUUUCUCCGUCCAGAAAGAUCCGACUUCCCCACCGGCGUUUCUCAUCGAGCUCGCUACUCCGAUAAGCGGACUCGUCAAGGAGAUGGCCUCAGGACUCGUCAGGAUCGCUCUCGAAUGCGACAAGGCCAAGGAGCUGGAAGGAGAAGACGAAACUCGCCGUCGCGGCGGUGGAAAGGUUACGGUUCCACGGCGGUUGGUGGAGGAGCCGGUGUGGAGGACUUACUGCAACGGGAAGAAGUGUGGGUUCGCGACGAGGAGAGAGUGUGGUGAGAAGGAGAAGAGAGUUUUAAAGGCGCUUGAGAUGGUUUCCAUGGGCGCCGGAGUUUUACCAGAGACGGCGGAGAUGUCCGGCGGCGGUAUCGGCGGCGAUGGCGGCAGUGGUAGUUUUGGCGGCGGUGGUUAUGGCGGUGUCGGCGGCGGUGGUGGCGGCGGUGGUGAUGGUGGUAGUGACGGUGGUGGUGGUAGUGGCGGUGGUGGUGGCGGUGGCGGCGGUGGAGAUGGAAGUGGAGGUGGUGGCGGUGACGAUGGCGGCGGUGGUGGAGGGGAUGUAAUGUAUAUGAGGGCGAAGUUUGAGAGAAUCGUGGGGUCGCGUGACUCUGAAGCUUUCUAUAUGAUGAAUCCUGAUAGUAAUGGAGCUCCUGAGCUUAGUAUCUAUCUACUAAGAAUCUGA